GUGGCGCUAGGGGCCGGAUGCUAGUGUUGGGGCUUUGGGCUGAGGUGGCAGAUGGUUGUGGAGGCGAAGUCGGAGCCAGUGGGAAAGGAUGAAUGGACCAGCGGGACUCUCGCGCAUUGACCGUCACGAGCGAGUUCUCAAGUUAGGCGAGAGUUUCGAGAAGCACCCACGCUGCGCCUUCCACACUAUACGCUAUGAUUUCAAACCUGCUUCUAUUGACACUUCUUGUGAAGGAGACCUUGAAGUUGGCAAAGGUGAACAGGUGACAAUAACUCUGCCAAAUAUAGAAGGUUCAACUACACCAGUAACUGUUUUCAAAGGUUCAAAGAAACCUUACUUAAAAGAAUGCAUUUUGAUUAUUAACCAUGAUACUGGAGAAUGUCGACUAGAGAAACUCAGCAGCAACAUCACUGUAAAAAAAACAAGAGUUGAAGGAAGCAGUAAAAUUCAGCAUCGUAUAGAACAACAGCAUCAGCAAAUGCAGAAUUCAACAAGCAUUCCCAAUCUUGUAAAACAUUCUCCAUCUGAAGAUAAGAUGUCCCCAACAUCUCUAAUGGAUGAUAUUGAAAGAGAACUGAAAGCAGAAGCUAGUCUAAUGGACCAGAUGAGCAGUUGUGAGAGUUCAUCAGAUUCUGAAAGUUCUUCAUCUUCAAGUAGUGAGGAUAGUUCUAAUGACUCAGAUGAUGAAAGAGGCAAAACCUCUCCUUCUGAUCCAGGGAAAUAUAUCUCAGGACAUCCUACCAUGUCUGCCAUACCACAGUACAGAACUUCUGAUGUAGAUACUAGUCAUAAUAGAUUUCAUGACAACAGUGGCCUUCUAAUGAAUACUUUACGAAAUGAUUUGCAGCUGAGUGAAUCAGAAAGUGACAGUGAUGACUAAGGAAAUUUUUAGCUAUAAAUAUAACAUUUUUAAGGCAUGUGAUAAUUUAUUUUGUAUUAAGAAUAAAAACUAGUAUGGUAGGAAAAUAUGCCUUAACUUUUUAUGAUAAAGGAAAUUAAAUUCAAUUCAUAAUUUUUAACUUUUUAUUGAAUACUAGCAUUUUCAUGUGUUGUCUUUGUUUAAUCUAAAGAAAAUUUUUAUGAAGUUUGAUAAAUGAGGAAACAGAGUCAGAGGUUGUUAACUUGCCCAGGUGUUAUUAGUUAACAAGUUGGAAUUCAAGAUUUCUAGUCUUAGGGCAGGGGAUAUAACUCAGUUGGUAGAGUGCUGGUCUUGCAUGCACAAAGCCCUGGGUUUAAUCCCUAGCACUAUUAAAAAAAAAAAAAAAAAAAAAAAAAAAAAGAUUUCUAGAGUCUUAAGUUCAAUAUACUAUUUUUUUCUCACUGCUGUCUCCAAUUGUGAAAUUAAUGAUUUAUAAUGAUUUAUAAUGAAUUUAUUAAAUUUUAUAUCUGA